AUUCCGCACACGUUCGUCCACUGCCUCGGGUCUCCUCGCCCCCCAUCACAUAACGUUACUUUGAUCCAAGAUGGCAGAGCUACAAAUGGCCCUUUCCUUCCGUGAAGCUCUCCACAGACUGGACGACCGCAGGGUAAAGGCCACCAGGCCGCUCAUUCCUCCCCAGAUCCUUCAGGAGGACCUCCCUCUGACACUCAACGCUGCCCAAACUAUCCUCGAGGCUCGCAAAGCAGCAGAGAAUAUCCUCAAGUCCAACGAUGAUCGCCUCAUGGUCGUGGUGGGCCCCUGCUCGGUCCAUAACGUCGAGUCUGCACUCGAGUAUGCCAGGCUGCUCAAGGCGUACGCCGACAAGGCCAAGGAUGACUUGCUCAUUAUCAUGCGCGUCUACUUCGAGAAGCCUCGUACCACUGUUGGCUGGAAGGGCCUCAUCAAUGACCCAGAGAUGAACGGCACCUUCCAGAUUAACAAGGGUCUUCGCCUUGGCCGCACCCUCCUCCUUGAUAUUGCCAAUAUGGGUCUCCCUGCCGGUUGCGAGUUCCUUGAUACGAUCUCCCCGCAGUACACCGCCGAUCUCGUCUCUUGGGGUGCCAUCGGCGCUCGCACCACCGAGUCGCAGGUACAUCGCGAGCUCGUCUCCGCGCUUUCCAUGCCUACUGGUUUCAAGAACUCCACCGACGGAACUGUCGGCAUUGCGAUUGACGCUUGCAGGGCGGCCAGCCAGCCGCACGUCUUCUUGUCCGUCGGCAAGGGCGGUCUCAGUAGUAUCGUCGAAACCGAGGGCAACCCCGACGUUCAUGUUAUCCUCCGCGGCGGCUCGUCGGGCCCCAAUUUCGCCGCUCAGUAUGUCCACGACUGCGGCGACAAGAUGAUCAAGGCAGGCUUCGCGCCCAAGGUGAUGAUUGACUGCAGUCACGGCAACAGCCAGAAGCAGCACCGUCGUCAAUUGGAUGUCGCCGAGGAUAUUGCAAAGCAGCUCGAGUCGGGCGAUACCUCACAGAUGAUUAUGGGCGUCAUGCUCGAAUCUAACCUUGUCGAAGGCCGCCAGGACAUCCCCACCUCUGGUCCCGCUGGUUUGAAACACGGCCAGUCCGUCACCGAUGCCUGCAUUUCGUGGGAGCAGACCGUGCCCGUGCUCGACCGUCUUUGUCAGGCGGUUCGCGGGCGGCGGGACAACGUUCGUCGCAAGGCUCGGGGCCUCGAGUUCCCUGUACCUGUCACGAAGGCCGUUCACGUCGCCAAGGCCGCUGCUAGCGGCACUCCGACUGGGGCCACGAAUGGUGUGACGAAUGGCGCGACGAAUGGUACUCAGUGACGGUACAGGCUAGAAUUUAGAGAGUUCAACCUCCUCAUUUGGACAUUGAUCACGACAUUGUAUUUCUGCAUCUCGUAAGAGAACGUGUAUUGUACACUAUGUCUGCUACUCUAGAAUCAUUCUCUUGUGCAUCCUGAAGCGUCCU